GUGGAGGAAGUUGUUCUUGCUCUUUGAGUUAGCAUGUAACGUUAGCAACUUAAUUGUAGUCAGUGUGCUCUAAGUGGCAUCGUUUCUGAAUAAAACUACACUUCACAUUCUAACGAGUGUGUUUUACAAGCCGUCCGUCACAUAUCGUUUACAAAAGGAACUAUUAAAACAUAUUUGAGUUGCUGCUACGAUCGUAGCUAGAUUUCACGUUGCUAGUGGCUUCUGUGGAUACCAUUAGCUUAUGGGAGUUAUUUUAAUCAGAAUAAUGUUUAAAAUCAACAAUGAUUUUGGCCAAAGCUUCUUAAAUAUUAGCUAUUUGUUAUUCGCACUGGACAAGCACUGAAAAUGCAACAGAUCGAUCCCUGAUCAGAGUGAAAAAACAUUAACACCGGGUUAAUUCAUGUAUAUUUGACAGCUAUGGAGUUUCUACCAGUACUAGAUCCUCUGGAUAAACCAAAAGAAGGAAUUUGGUAUUCUUUGAUACCCAGGGGCAGUGCUCCAGGUGUUAGUGUGGGUCACACAUGCACGUUUGUCCCAUCUGCAGAUGGAGGAAAAGGAAGAAUCUUAAUUGUUGGGGGAGCCAACCCCAACGGAAGUUUCUCAUAUUCCAAUAUCAUAAAUCUAGAUAAUCAUGAAUGGGACAUCCCAGAGUGGAAGGGUUUGGAGUCACGGUAUGAACACUGCAGCUUUGUGCCAGAGAGCUGCCCUCAGAGCCUGUGGGUGUUUGGAGGGGCACAGCAGAGCGGCAAUCGCAAUUGUAUCCAGAGUAUACAGCUAGCAGACAGUGAGUCUCGCUGGAAGAAUGUGCUGGUGAAUGGCAAACCCCCUGCUCCAAGGACGUACCACACUAACUCAGCCUGCCUAGGGGACAGACUAUAUGUCUGUUCUGGCGGCGAAGCAGAAGCUGCACCUGUCUCAGACCCCAGUCUCCAUGUCUUUGAUGCAGAGUCUACCACCUGGUCUCAACCAGAAACACAAGGCAAAAACCUGCCGGCCAGACAUGGACACAUUGUUGUAGCAGUUGGAUUAAAGAUUUACAUUCAUGGUGGCAUGGCUGGAGACAAAUUUCACAACGACAUGUACUCUCUUGACACAAGGUGCAUGAAGUGGGAGAAAGUGGCAACCAAAGGAGACAUCCCACCAGGAGUAGCAGCCCACUCAGCUGCGGUUCUGGGAAAGAACAUCUACAUUUUUGGGGGGAUGACUGAAGAUGGCGCCAGCAACUCCAUGUACAGAUUCAACGCUGAAAAAUGUAGAUGGGUCCUCAUGAAGUUUAAAGGGGAUUUGCCACCCAACCGCCUGGACCACUCCAUGUGUGUAUUGCCGUGGAAGGUGUGUGGUGAGGGGAACGGAGAUGGGGAGCAGGCCAGCAGCCCCGCAGCCUCAGAGAUAAUAAACCUGGCCUUUGUAUUUGGAGGAAUGGACACCCAGGGUGUCAUUCAUAAUGACUGUGUUGUGACUGUAGUUACAUGAUGUUGUAAUAUUCAUUAACCAAAGUUAGAAUAAAACGUUUGUAAAGUACCACUCAUUGUUGCAGUGAUCAGCUGACUCCAUGGCUCAAAGCACAGGACAGAAUCACUUCUAAACAAAUGCUCUUUAAAUAAUUUGCUUUUAUCCCAUAAAUCAAGUAAUCUGCAUGUUGGUUCUCUUCAUCAGUACAGAUGCGGACCACAAAUGUACAUUUUAUUUUUAGGGGAAAUGUACAGCCUAGUUUAUUUUUAGGUCUGUUUAGAAAUGUACCGAAACCCCUGCCAAGCUGUGUUUUAGUAGCUAUGUGCACUACUGACACUUAAACUGCACAACACCAUUUAACUCCAGACUAAUCUAUAUUUUUAAUUAAAAAGGUAACCUUUUAGGGGAAAAAUUCUCUUUGAAUUAUACACAGUACAGUAAUUAAGUAUGAAAAAGUAUUUGCAAGGCAAUAGCCAAGCUGUCAGUGUCAUAACUAUAUGCAAUGAAUUAAAAUAAAUGCUAAUAUGCAUGAGGAAUAAACAAUUUAAAAUGUAAUUGUCUGUUUCCCCCCUUUUUUCAAACCCCUGGCUGGAGCUUAAUCAAUUGUAUUAACCCUGUUCUGUUACAAUAAAAAAUAAGGGCCAUUCAUUGAAGCUAAAUAACAUAAAUAUUUGUGCCAAGACAAAGGUUGACAUUCAUUAAAGCAUUGGUGAAUAUAAAGAGCACAAACUUGCAUGGAAAAAACUUUUGAAAUUGUAAAUGAAUGUAAACAAGGAGAUGAAUCAAGUAUCAUUUUGUAUCAAACAUUUAUUUCAAUGUCUUUCCAGAAGUACUAUGACCAGAUUCAAUAAAUAACUUUUAGUGA